AUGGACGAAGUCAACAAAGUUUGUUUUGAUGCCUGUUUGAACAGGUCGCUGUGGUUUGUCCGCCUGCUCCUGCUCGCCGCUGUCCUGUCCUCAUCUCUUUGUACAGAUGGAUACCAGGAGUCCUUCACUGUAACCAUUGUAAUUACAGUUUUAACCACCUUAACAGCCACUGUCAUCUGUUCAUGUAUUGUGCAGUUAGUGAAGAAACACAGCUGCCCUGUGAAAAGACAAAAAUGGAGUCUCGAUAAUCAUGGUACGAAUGAUGAAAGGCAGAGUCCGGUCAUCCAGACAAGCGACCGUACAUAUUACUCCAAAUCCUCAUCAAGCAUCUCAAAUCCCACAAUCCCCCCCUCUCCAAAGUCUCAUCACAACAACGACAACCUCAAACCAGAGGCCUUGACAACAUCUGACAGCUCCUCACAGACCACAGAAGAAGAUUCAUCACAUCUGGACACCAGCGGCGAGAUGAAAAGAAACAGUGAUAACAGCAGUUCCCUUCCAGUGCUGUCCAUUCCUCCUCCACAUAUUCGCCGCUCGUCCACUCGUCGGUCUGUUAGAGGCAGUAUACGUGUUCAGCACAGAAACAUCAUCUCUGAAGACUCAGAGCCGCUGAUGCAGAUCGGACCUGAAACUAAAUGAGGAACAUUUCAUAAUCAGACAAAUGAAACAAAAAUAUAUCUGAGGUCGCCGUUUGAAACGGACUCAUGCUGUCAGUUAGGUCGGAGUUGACCUCUAAGUAUUCGCUAUUGCAGCUGAAUUCCCUGUUAACUGAUUUGUCAUUUAUUUCAGGACGCCAUCCAAGUGAGUUUUAUAGAAAAGCAUUGCAUUUUAUAAACAUGCCAACGUUUUAAAUACUUAUUUGAUAGUUUUUGUUUUGAAAUACAGUAAAAGUUGUCAUUUUAAUGUGCUGAACCUUUCAGCCUGUCACAAUAUCUGCUUUUCUUGAUUAUCAUCGUAGGUAGUAAUACGGUCUUAUAAGAGAGGCACCUCAAUUCAAACUUUAUCCACAUUCAUUUUGUGUAAUAUAUUGGGAUAUGUAUUUCUUAGAGCUUUGCUGUAAUCUUUUUUGAUUUUUGUAAUUAUUGUAUUAUGUAAUAGUGCUGUUUUAACUUGUUGGUUACUGUUCUUGGAACAGCUGCAACCACACGAUUUGAAUUAUUUUCACCUGGAAUGAUGUGCAUGUGAGUAUGAAGCUGGCUGAGCUCCAGCCAAAGUAAAACUCCGACAUGGACAGCAGUGACAGUGAAAACCAUGUAUCAUGUAACUGUUUGUGACAUUCUGAUAUAAACA